CACGGUUGAUAUGUGCUCGUGUUAACUACAAGGUGAGCAUUAGCCUUUACCUGCUUACAGUUGUGUCCCGGUUUGAGAAAUGCCGACCAGUUCAAUUCGUAGCCCGACGAAAGUGACGCAUAGAAACACCUGGUACAUACUGGAGUGCAUGCGGCUGGCCCGUCUCAACUUGCCUCUCACACGGUUAGUGUUUCAACCACCAUCCGGUUAUGUGGAUUGUCGCGGGGUGCUGAACGAACUCAAUCGCAUUCCGAUGGGUCAUUCUGGUCAGUGCUUGAAUUGGACAGACUGUGCUGCUACCGUAAUAUCAAAUCGGCUACUUCCAUUUUCUACGUUACAAGGACCAACGAGCGGAGUCCUUUCUCGUAAACAAACGCAAAGUUUAAAGCGAUAUACACCUACCUUUGUAUGAAACCAGAGCUGACUUUCGUGAAUUCAUCGAGAAAACAUGAAGCACAUGUGAGCGAUUCUGCUUCAAAGACGAAGAUGAAUACGCAACUUCCAUUGGCACACGAAAUACACGUUUACAAAAAUCUGC